CUGCACGGCGCCUUUCUUCAAGCGGGAGACUUACGCGAGUCUCCGUCCGCAGUCUCCCGCCGUCGAGUAUGAAACCCUCAGCUGCUGGCUGGGCCGAAUAGGACCGCGAGCUGCGGAGGCGUGGACGCGUUCCGGCACAAUGUCAUUGAAUUUCGACCUAUGCGGCUCGCUUAAAGUUAUUGGAUAGGGGCAUAGAUCCGGGUCGGUGGCACUCUAUCUCGCUUGCGGUCAACGUAACUUCCCGUUGCCAACGCACCGGAUAUGCCAAUAACGAAGGCCCGGCGUAGACGGCUGAGUUCUUUCGCUUCGGAUCUCUUCUUCAUUGCCCCAAAGAAAUGUCGCCCGGCAAGUUCUUUAUCCUGCCCUGGGUCCCGCCCGUUGACCGUCCGUCUCUCCUCGAUGCUUCUCCUUGCUCAUCCAGCACUUGACCUCGUCCGCACCCAUUUGGACCCUCUACCAUGUCGCCUUUCCUACUGGAUUGCUCCAAUUCCGAAUGUGCAGACACGACCGACCUGGACACGGUGGUCGGUCAAAUCUUUUCGCCCAAUGUCUAUGUGAGAGAGAUUUACCCCCUCGAGGGUCAUCUCCAUUCGAUGUGUCUCGUGAUACUCUCGAAUGAGGAGCAGCUGCUCCUGAAAAGCACGCCAGGGAUGAUGACGCCUCUGCUCCGGCAAGAACAGCGUCUCCUCGAGACCGAAGCCCAAGCCAUGUUCAUUCUGAAGCAGAGUGCCGUCUCGUGUAUCCCUGCGGUUCUCCACUACGACCACCGAGGCAACCUCUUCGGGUCAUCCUUCAUACUGCGACAGUUUGUCCCCGGGACAACGCUGCAAGAACUGGAGGCCCAGCUAGGCGAUCAAACCCGGACAGACAUCGAUUGGACUCUGGGGUCGUUGGCAAACAGCAUCUCGCAACACGUUUCUCACUCUUUUGGGUCCCUGGAGCAGGUGGCUUCCGGCUCGGGGAAAAGGUCGUGGCGAGAAGCCUUUAUUAUCUUGUUCGAAGGCAUCCUUCGCGACUCGGAAGAUGUCUUCGUCAACCUCCCCUAUGCCGAAAUUCGGCAUCAGGUUUGCCGGUUAUCACCUGCGCUCGAGGAAGUGAGACUGGCACGAUUGGUCGUUGUGGAUUUAGGUCGACCGUCUCAAGUGCUUUUGGACCCCGAGUCAAAACGCGUGGCUGGAGUCGUGGACUUUAGCAGUGCGCUUUGGGGUGAUGUCUACAUGGCCGAUAUAUUUGACAACCCAUCAUCCUCUGUACUUGAUGGCUUUGGACUCCGUCCGACAAAAAGCAAAGCGGAAUCGAUACGACACCUACUGUCUACGGUUGCUAUCGAUCCGUCCAGAGGAUCACAGUACAAUACUAUCGAGACAGGAAUAUACUUGCCGAAAAUGAUGCAAGAAGACGAUUGACAUCGAUUUUAACCGAGAUGGCAGCCCACUGAAAUUUACACACCCUCGUUCUUGGCUGACCAGGGAAGGAGACUGGCGAU